GUGACAAUGUAGGACUCUCAGGAUUCGCGAAAAUUUUGCUGCAACAGAACAAACGUGGAGGAAGAGUGAAACUGGACACCAUAUUGUCAACAGUGAUGGAGUUCGAUCAUUCUGAGAAAGGCGACACUCUUUACUCCAUGGAGCUUACUCUUGCUCUUGAGAGGCUCGUGAACGAGAAGUUGUUGUCACUCCAUCAGGUUGCUGUGGACAACAACGACCCAGAAAUGUGCGAUUUCAUUGAACGAGAAUAUUUGUAUGAACAGGUGCUAAUAUAUUUCAGUACUUACCAUCACGAAAAACUUCGGCCUGUCCCAAUUUAUUUUGGAUUGGAUAAGGCUGCUCUGAAGUAUGAUUUCAGGUCUCAUGAUUUGAAUCAACUGGGAUUUUUGCGAAGCCAUUCACAAAUUAACUAUUGUGAAUGUAUAUUACGGUAGGACUGGGUACCUCUAAUCUAAAAUAGUCUUAGGGAGCUAUCGUGUGCACCUUCUAAGUUGCAGGCGUUUAUGCAAUGCUGAUUUUAGGUAGAAGCUAUCAAGAAGAUCUCCAUGUAUAUAUCACAGUUGAGGAGAGUUGGAAAGGGGCAUGGUGUGCAUCACUUCGAUUUGCAACUGCAGGGGUAGAACUAUGGAGAAACAACAACAGCUUAUGUCGAUGCCACCACGCUGUCCAAGCUUCCGACAUUCUCUGGUGCAAGUAAACAGUAUCUAUUAUGUUUCUGUAUGUUAAACAUUUUGACGAGCUCAGUCGGACACUGAAGAGGUCGACUUAAAUGUAGAAAAAACGUGAGGGUUCUUUGGUGAAGGUUUACUGGAACAGAUUUUGUUCAGUGGACUCGUCAAAUUGAAUAAGAUUUUUUCAACUUUAUACAACUUGUCUGUUGAUAGAUACUAUUUAUUUAACACUACAUGUAUAAAAGAGGAUAGAGAUUCAUAGUUUCAUUUCGUUUUAGAAACCAGUAGCAUGAUGUUUCUUUUGAAAGAAAUCAAUGUAGAGAUCAACAUGUGAAGUUGCUUUAAAGUAGUAUGACAAUUUUAUUUUAUUUUAAUUCAAAUUAACAU